AGGCGUUUCUAGUAUUGAGGUACUUCACGGACUAACUUAAGUAUUUGCCACACAAAGCAGCUGCCGUAUACAAAGAAGCUCAACAAACUUUCUCGCUGAGCAACACACCCAGCGUCCCUCCACUCUCGGUGACUGCACCUUGUACUCCCCUCGCAGUGAGAUGUCCACAGCUGAUGAACAACGCAUUGCAGCGUUUCUCUUCAUGAACCUUCCUCGCUAGAAUGAAUGAAACCAUCCCGGGAUUCUCACAUCCACCAUGACGGGCAUUACGCAGCUCCUCGGUCCGCCGAUCCUUCUCCUCAUCUCGAUCCCUCUCGCGGUGUUCGCCCUACUGACGACCGCCCUCGCGUUCUCGCUGCUGUUCAUCCGCGUGUCCUUCAUAUAUCUCGAGCUCGCCCUCGCCCUCGCCCAUUCCUGGCUCUUCGCUAACCGCUCGACGAAUCCCGUCCCCUUCCCUGGUCAACGAACCCCCCGUAAACCCCGCCGCACCAGCGUCACCACCACUGCACCCCCCCACGACCUGCCCCCGCCCCGCCACCCCCCUCGUAAAAGCGACAGCGCCGCCUCCCUCCUCGCCGGCGCCCCGAACCGCGAUUUCGAAGGCGUGGGCGGCUGGCGGGUGUCCGGCGACGGGGAGGACGAGGCGCUGUGGGUGGGGAUGAACGCGCGGCUCGAGCUGCCCGCGAGCGCGGGCGACCGGCCGCGGCGGCAUCAGCGGUCGUUGACGACUGGGAGCCAGCGGUUAUCGUGGAGCCCGGGAGCGAUGAGGAUGAGCCCGGUGCAGAGUCGGGCGCGGACACCGAGCGUCACUGAUCCGGCGUCGCCGGAGGGGUAUUUUGGGUAUCUACCGUAUGAGCGGGCGGGUGCAGCUGUCCAUUCGACGGCGCAGGGGAAGGACGACGGUCGCCGAAAGAGCAUGAGUGGUUCCAGCACCACGUCUGCGAGCUCCGGUAGAGGGUCCAAGGUGACCGUGAGACAUGUCGCGCAUGCUUAACGAUCUCACUGGUCAAGUGGUCGGCGAGGUUUCUACUCUCUUCCGUACCACCCGCAUUCAGAAUUCAAGAGACUAUAUUUUCCGUGUAUUCCUUAGAGAUGGCCGAUAGACAUACCGUGUCGAGGAACAUGGACGGAUGGCCUCCGUCUCUAUCUGGUUAGAAAUGCACGACCGAACAUCCUAUCGAGACUUUCUACUCGUGAGUCUGUGGUCAU